UCUAAUCAAACCCUUAAUGGUUUGCUGCACAUAUUGCUGGCUUCUGAUGGGGCUUUUAGGUCUCAGCUAUGAAGUCUCCAAACCCCUCAAUCAGAUGUGCACUGAGUUUUUUAUUAAUAGAAGCUACAGUUGUGAAGGUUUAGGACUGACAGACCUUCCAGAAGAACUGCCUCUCACAACUGAAGUUCUUGAUUUCAGUUUCAACUUCCUAUAUGUGCUUCAGCAAUCGACAUUCAGCAGGCUGAAGGCCCUGGUGCACUUAGACUUAACAAGGUGUCAUAUUAAUUGGGUAUAUGAAGGCACUUUCGAAAGCCAUAUUUUCCUGGAAACCAUUGUCUUUACUGGAAACAAUCUUCUCUUUCUGGCUUCAACAGCAUUUAUGGGUCCUCAGAGUCUGAAGCAUCUUGAUCUAACCCAAACAGGGAUCACUAAAUUAGCAUUUAUCCCAAUGCAGGACCUACAGAACAUAGAAACACUGUUACUAGGAAGCAACCAUAUUCAAACAUUGGAGCUGCUAUCUGAUUUUCCAACUAGAAAGCUCAAACACUUGGAUUUACAGACGAACAAUAUACAAACAAUAUCAACUAGAGGCAUAGAGGUAUUAAAACAAGCUAACAAUCUAACUCUCAAUCUUAGGGACAACAAUAUUAUGCACAUAGAGACCAAGGCUUUUAGUUCGUUUUCUUUCUACAGUUUGGACUUUGGCCGUUGUAGUAAUAUUUCAGUGAUCUUGGAUGGAUUGCAAGGUGUCAGCACUAAUGUCCUCUGGCUUGGCACUUUUUGGAAAGUAGACAGCCUUCCCAUUCAAGACAGAACAUUGCAAGGCUUAUGCAACAUCUCUGUAGACUAUCUCACUCUACAGUAUCACUCUUUCCUAGAACCUUCUGGCGACACUUUCCAAUGUUUGUCCAAAUUGAAAAGAUUGGACCUGACCCACACCUCCCUUUCUGAGCUACGGAGCCUUCCUCAGAUGAAUUUACUGAAAGAAUUAAAUCUCAAUUGGAAUGAGUUUUUGAAUCUCUGCGACAUCGACUUUUCUGCUUUUCCCUCUCUUACCCAUCUCUAUAUCCAGCAGAAUUAUAACACCAUGAACUUGAGUUUUGGAUGUUUGGAAUCCUUGUCAAAGCUUCAACACCUUGAUUUGAGCGGGAGUCACAUAGAAAGCCUAGAUUGCUGCAGCAACCAACUUCAUGGUCUUGUUGGCUUGCAACACCUCAAUUUAAGCCACAAUCGCAACCUUUUAUUCCACCACACGGCAUUCAACCAAUGCUCUAACUUGAAAGUUCUUGAUCUCUCUUUUACACACAUUAUCAUCAAUAAUUCUCAAGGCCCAUUCCACAAUCUACAUUCUUUGCAGAUCCUGAACCUUUCUUUCUCUCAUUUGAAUACAAGCAAGCAGAAUAUUUUGCAAGGUCUAAGCAGCCUUAUUGUCUUAAACAUGAAUGGAAAUACCUUUAAAUCUGGCACCAUUUUCAAUGACAACUUUCUUCAGAAAGCACCCAAUCUAGAGGUGUUGACUUUAGCUUCUUGCCAAUUGAUGGUUAUAGAAGCUAAAGCAUUUUCUGCCCUCAGCAAGUUAAAACAUGUGGAUCUGAGCCAUAACAAUCUUACUGCAUUCUGUUCAGAUGCGUUUUCCAGCCUCAGGAACAUUUAUCUCAAUUUUGCCAAUAAUAGGAUCCAUAUUAUCCCACAUGAUUUGUUGACUGGACUAUCUGGCCAGAGUAUAAUCAAUUUAAGUUACAAUCCACUGGAAUGCACCUGUUCUAAUAUUGGAUUAUUAACUUGGUACAAGCAGAACAUAGAUAAAAUUGAAGAUUCUGAACAGACCUUGUGCGCUGAGCCCAAAUCACUAGCAGGCACUAAGCUUUUCUCUAUAAAUCUGUCCUGUGGAUAUAGCGCGGCACGAAUAGCAUUGAUUACUCUUGUUGUGAUAAUAGUAAUUGUAGUGACCUUCAUUUUGGCCAGGUAUACUUUAAAGCAAAAAUGUUUAUAGAUAGAAGCUUAUGAGAGAAAGUAAGUAUGCAGGAAUUUUUGAAAAUGUACAAAUAUAUUUCUUAAUAGAAAGACGUUUUUAACAUCAAUGGGUGUUUCCUUUCCUUUUUAUAUCAAUAUUGCUUCACUUAAUUCCAACAACAUAGAUUU